UCGAGCUGCAUCACUAAAUAACCUUAAAAUUGUUUUUGGUUGACCAAACAAACUGCACGUGUUUUUUCAUAUAAUUAAUCAAAUGAUGCGAAAUAAAUAGUCUAAAAUGAGUAAGUUAUACGUGCUUUAUGAGCACAGUGCGGGAUUUGCCUUGUUCCGGGUAGCAGAAUUCGAGGAGUUGGCCGCGUUUUUACCGCAGGUGGAAGAAUCUGUGACAGACCUACAACGCUUCAAUUCAGUAGUGACUCUUAUAGCGUUUCAGCCAUUUAAAUCCGCUGUUUUGGCAUUGGAAAAUAUUAACGCCGUGUCUGAAGGCAUACUCCCAGAAGACUUAAAUUUAUUUUUGGAGGGUGCCUUACCAAAACGGAAGAAAAGAGGCAAAUGCACAUUGGGUGUGUCAGAUCCAAAAUUAGGGGCAGCGAUCAGUGAAGCACUAGAAAUACAAUGUUCACACACUGGUGCAGUCCCAGAAAUUAUAAGAGGUAUAAGGUACCACUUCCACUCACUCAUCAAAGGGCUGACUCUGAAGGCAUGCAGCGUGGCACAGCUCGGCCUAGGGCAUUCCUAUUCUCGUGCCAGAGUCAAAUUCAAUGUCCACAGAGUAGACAAUAUGAUUAUACAGUCCAUAGCACUGUUAGAUCAACUGGAUAAGGAUGUCAACACAUUCUCUAUGAGGAUCAGAGAAUGGUAUUCUUACCACUUCCCAGAGCUUGUGAGCAUAGUUCCAGAAAAUUAUUUGUAUACUAAAUGCGCAGAGUUCAUAAAAGAUCGCAAGACACUUUCGGAAGAAUCUGUGGAGCCACUAACAGAGAUACUUGGGGAUUCUGAGAAGGCCCAAGCGAUUAUUGAUGCAUCUAAAAUGUCUAUGGGUAUGGACAUAUCGCCUGUGGAUCUCAUCAAUAUACAGAUGUUUGCUGGGCGUGUGGUAGCACUAAGUAAUUAUAGGAAGCAAAUAGCGGAGUACCUCCAUACAAAAAUGAAUUCAGUAGCACCGAAUUUGACGACUUUGGUCGGCGACCAAGUGGGCGCCCGCCUCAUCUCCAAGGCUGGUUCUCUCACCAGUCUCGCCAAGUAUCCCGCAUCUACACUACAAAUCCUAGGCGCGGAGAAAGCGUUGUUCCGCGCAUUGAAGACUCGCUCGAACACGCCCAAGUAUGGUUUAUUGUACCACUCGACGUUCAUCGGACGCGCCGGCCUCAAAAAUAAGGGCCGCAUCAGUCGGUACCUCGCCAACAAGUGCUCCAUUGCGUCCAGGAUAGAUUGCUUCUCAGAGAGUCUAACCACAGUGUUUGGUGAGAAAUUGCGUCAGCAAGUGGAAGACCGUCUCAAAUUCUAUGAAACGGGCGACAUUCCCAAAAAGAACAUAGAAGUGAUGAAAGAGGCAAUGGAAGAGGUUCAAGCUGCUCAGGAUGCCACCGCCAGUGCCAAGAAAAAGAAAAAGAAGAAGAAGAAGGAACAAGAGACUAUGGAUGAAGACUAGAUGUUACUUAAAUUUAGUUUUAUAUAAGUUUAAUAAAGACCUUGUUCCGUAACG